AUGGAUGAACAGAGAUAUCUCUACAUCUCAGACUUCAAAAACCAUAAAGUAAGACGAUAUGAAAUAGGAAACAAGAAUGGAACUCUCGUUGCUGGUGGUCAUGGUAAAGGUGACGGUCUCAAUCAACUCAGCAGUCCGUUCUGGAUCUUUGUCGAUCGACAACAGGCUGUCUACGUGUCAAAUCACGACAAUCAUCGUGUUAUGAAAUGGGAUAAAGAUGCAACAGAGGGAAUUGUCGUCACGGAUGGACAAGGCCAAGAGAAUGCUCUGACACAAUUGCGGUAUCCUAAAGGACUGUUCGUCUAUACGUUGGCUACCGUCUAUGUGGUGGACUCAGAUAAUGAUCAAGUGAUACGUUGGCCUAAAGGAGCGAAACAGGGUACUACCAUUGUAGGUGGAAAUGGUCGAGGAAAUAGAGCAAAUCAGUUGGACUCUCCUGAAGGCUUGUCCUUUGAUCAACAUGGUAAUCUCUAUGUGUCCGAUUAUAAGAAUAAUCGUGUUCAACGCUUUUCGAUCGAUUUAGAUUCAUGA